ACUUCAUGAAAAUGGACAUGCAGGAGGUAGAAAUUGUGGCGGGCACAUACGAGGAAUUGUUGUUGGGUUAUAAACUAGUGGAAGAGGAUGGAAGUUUCAGGUUACAGCCGAGUUUCACAGAUCACUCCCACACAGGCUGUAUCAAGACCGUGGCGAUUUCCCGCAGAGGUGUUCUGGCGUCUGGCGGCUCGGACGAGGUCGUGAGACUGAUAAACCUGAAAAAGAGGACAGAGCUGGGAUCUCUGAUGGAACAUGAAGGAGCUAUCACAUGUGUACAGUUUUAUCGAGGAUCACACUUGUUCACAGCCAGUCAAGACAAAACCAUCUGUAUCUGGAAAAGUUUUACAUGGGAAUGUUUGAGAACAUUAAGGGGACAUAAAGGAGGGGUCAAUCAUGUGUCUGUUCAUCCCAGUGGAAAACUAGCAUUGUCCGUGGGUAAGGACAACUCUAUGCAGACAUGGAAUCUUCUGCGGGGCAGAUCAGGGUACAUCACUAACACCAAACAAGCUUGUGAUCUUGUGGUCUGGUCGACAUCUGGGGAUUCCUACAUCAUGGUAACCAACAACAGCCUGGCUGUCUACAACACUGAGACUGCCACAGUCCAGUGUUCCAUUGAAGCUCCAGGGAGGGUAAACGCAGUGAUAUUCCUACAGAAUGAGGUGAUAGCGUAUGGUGGAGAAGGUGGCGAAAUCUUUAUUCACAACAUCAAGGACAACAAACACCUGUCUUGUGUGAAGUCCAACACUGUAAGAAUCCGUGGCUUGGGGUGCAGGCAUAGUCCUUACAACAACAACAAGCAGCUAAUGGUGUCAGUCUCCAGUGACGGUCUUAUAAAGGUGUGGGAAAUUGACACAGAUGAGAAGGCAGAUGUACAGUGCAGCCUUUUAUGUGAACACAAUACAAAAUUCAGGCUGACAUGUGUUGCCAUAACUCCAUCAAAACUAGAUAACUCUGCCACAGUUAAGAGUGCCAGUGAAGAGAAAUCCAAGAAAGACAACUCUGUGGGGACAGGAUCAAAUGAUCUGGUGGAAGGUCAGUCUGAGAGUGAGUCUGAUGCUGAUUUGACAGCACACAGGGUUCCUUCAUCAAAGGUAACCAAUCAGCAACCAGACAGGAAAUAUGUUAACAGAGCUAAACGGAAGAGAAAGCAAAGACCUGCCACAGAUGAAUUUCCACCUUCGGAGCAUAGGUCCAUGAAGAAGAAAAGGAGAAAUCCAAAGAAAGUUUCAUAAGCUUGCAAUUUGCAUUGUAAUCAUCAUUAAAUGUUGAAAUUUUAGCUCAUUGACCUGCAUUUUCAGUUUUUUUAUUAUCAUAUUUAGGGCUUUUUCAUUUGUUCACACCCUGUCUUCACCCAAUUUUUAAGACAUAUUUCUGAAAUUAUUUUGUGUAACUUUUAUUCUAAGUGGCGCUGCGUGCAUGAAAUUUUGAUUUUACGAAAAAAAAUGCAGAACAUUUAAUUUACACAGUUCUUUGGUUUCCUCCACCACCCUGGUUUUCUCCAGCAGCGUCCUGUCCUCUAGCACUCUGGGUCAUCAGAUGAACAUUAAAGACCAUGUGUGACCACACCACCAUAUGAGCAGCCCAAUCCGCUCUAGAAAUUAUCAGGCAUAAACCUUCAUUCAUCUCUGCACUUCAUCUUCAAUGAAAAACUUCAUAUGAACAGAGUAUGUUGUAAAUAUAUGAGGAAUUUCUUUAUUUCAUGUGUAACUAAAAACUAAGACAUACAACCUAGCACCAAGCAAGUUUUUCAUUUUGUACACAGGGACGUACUGCAUUUUGAGCUGUCUGAUGCAUUAACCAGUCCGGGAGUAGCAAUCAGAUGAUAUAAAUGAACAAAAUAUUUUAAAAAAGUAUUACACAAGUUAACCAAAGCAUUCUAAAAUUCAACAUGACAAAAGUAACACCGCCAGUUUCUCUGAAAUUUAGCAGAAACAAAAUUGCAAGGUCCUCGAUGAAAAGUCGCAGUCAUACAUUAAUCCACAAGUAUAUGUACACACACACACACAAGACGGUACAUACAUUGAACAUUGUGAAAACAUUCUAAAUGACAAGCUAUCACUGGUGCCACUGAGUUAUCUUCUUCAUAUGAAAUUAUGUACAUUGACCAAGGAAAUCCAUUUCCCUGAUCUAUUCUAUACCAGAAGCAGACAGUAAACCAAAUAGUGUGAUUAACUCACCUUCAUUAAAGGAAAAGACCUGAAAAAUUCAAAGUAGGUAUCACUAAAAAGACCGUUUAAAACUAUGCAGAAUUACAGUUUCAUUUAUUUUUUAAAUGUUUGUGAAAGAAGCAGCUAGCUGUUCUGGCUGGUUUUGUCCUCAGUCAUACUAAAGAGGGAGAGGAACCUAUGCAUGUGGUUGUUUUUUUUCUGUUCAUUUUCUGUUCAUAAAUACCAUAUUUAUUAAUAUUCAUCAGCUAUCAAGUCGAGUGGAUCGAGUCUUCUCUGCCUGUUGGAUCAAGGCUGUAAAAGUUGCUGUAUGUGAAAUGUGACAAACUUGAUCAAAUCAAGUUUAAGUACCCCUACAUGGUAUUGGAUAUGUACAAGUGGAGUAUUUCUGUGUACACAAACACACUAUUAAUGUGAGUGUUCACAGUAAAUAUCUGUGUCAUUAAAACUCUACAUCCUAAAUCAUAAUUCCAUUUGAAGUAACUCAAAGCAAAUAUUAUGGAGACACUGAAAAUACCAAGUAGAAUGUGUGACCUUAAAGUGCUGUUGUUAAAUUAGCCUUCGAAAGCAGAUGAAGAAUAAAACUUCAAAGGCCAUUGUCUUCU